AUGUACGCCGCUCAGAAUAUAACGCCAACAGUUUUGGAUGCCAUGAACGGAAAUGUUUCCGAAUGGUAUAACGAAUGCGACAAUGCCAUUAGAAGGUCAGAAAUAGUUCCUGGAACUUACGAAUAUACAACUGCUGUUUCUUAUGGAAAUGUAGGUGAGUUUGGUGAAGGUUCUUCAACAACAGUAGAUAUUGCUUGCGACAGGUUUCAUAUUAUUUCUAUUGACAACUCAUUCUUAUACGUGGAACAAGACAUUGAAAUAAAACCUUCUGCCAAGUUGUCUGACAAGAAAGGUUGCAAUGGAAUUUUCUAUGUCGGAUACCAAUAUGCUCCAGAAGUUUUCAUGGGAUAUAAGAUAUAUUCUAACUCUGACUUAGUUCAAACAGUAACAUGGGCAAACUAUGAAUGGUUCGCUUUGAGAAACUCAGUACAACCACAAGCUAGAGAACAAACAGACCAGUAUGCAACUAUUGAGAAAAUAAGAAGACUUGACCCUAACGUUCCAGGAGUUUAUGUUAACCUUUCUGGACAAACUGCAGCAGCAGUAACCAAAGUAAAACUGAAACUUAGAGUUCCUUUGUCAUCUUUCCUCAUCUUCAGGUUUUUAAGAUACUUGCCAAACUGGGCAGGAAAAAUUUCUAUUGAACUUACUCCAAGCAAAAAUAACUUAGUCAUUGCACCAACACAAGACCCAUUCACUCUUACAGACGUAAUGGGAACAAAUAAAAC